AUGCGCGUCGUCGCUUCCUCUCUCUUCGCUUUUCGGCAGCAAGAGUUGCGGAGAAAACAGCAUCAUCAUCGUCAUCAUCAUCAACACCACGCGUACGAGAGGAAGAGGAGACGAAAUCGAUGCGCCAUCGCCAGCAAUAUCGCGACAAAAACGACAGAAUCACCCCCCUUAGAGUAUUACGAACACACGAAAAUCCCGAGCACAGAGUUCACGGAAACGUGCCACGGACCGGAGGAGUACACCUCUGUGCUUCUCCACGCGAUGCGAAUGCAGUGGAAGCACGGUUUUACGCACGUUCCGAAUGGUUUUCGCAGAGUUACGCACGGGUUUGGGGAAAUCUUAGCCGGCAUGCAGCCAGCGGCGGCCGAGAGGUGCGUGGAGCUUUUGUUGAGGAGGGGAGAGGCGGAGGACGACGAUCACGAUACUAGUAAAACAGAGAACAAAGAAAGCGUUUUGGACCCGUUUUGUGGCGGCGGAACAGUACCGGUCGUGGCGAUGACGAACGGUUUAAUCGCGUACGGGACGGAUGUCAGUCCGUUGGCGCUACACGUUUGCGGCCACCGCGUUUGGGUGCCGGAAAACGUGGACGAGGAAGAGACGUGGUUGAGAGAACGGAUGAAGAAGAUUGAGGCGAUUGUUGCGGAUGAAAAAGACGCAGACGAAAACGUCAAUCCGCUGGGGAGCUUUGCGAGCAUUGCCGUAGCGGUGGAGAAGGCGAUUUCAGUAGAGAGCGAGGACGACGAGAGUAAUAGUAGUAGUAGCGGUAACGAGAGUAAUAGCAAUAGCAUAGACUCGACGACGAGGAAAACGGCGCUUUUCUUCUGUUUAGCCGAAGCAGAACGAAGACAUUUCGUGCGACAGAAAAGAAAUAAGAGGAAAAAACGGUUCGGGAAGCGACGCGCGACGAGCAAUGGUAGCAAAAGCGAUCGAGACGACUCGUAUUACUCGCCGUUGAGCUUUUACCAAAGGUGCGUCGACGAGUACAUAUUUCGCGUGAAGGAUUUACACGACGCGGUAGGUGGAGCAGCAGACGUGGUCAUCCGUAAAGGCGACGCCCGGUUUGAUGAUUUAGUUCCUAAAGAUAAAAUUGGAACAGUUUCGGGAAUACUGACGAGUCCGCCGUACCCGGGAGUGUACGACUACGUCUCGUUCGCGAGAAAACAAAGGUCGAGAUUUCGUGUCGGGAGUACUGCCGGUAACGGUAGCGCGAUAACGACGACAAUUGAAGAAACUGAAUCCGAGAAACCACCGACGUCGUACUACGUCGACGCAAAAGUCCCCGACUCGAAUGAAUUGGACGAAAACGGCAACCGCGCGCCGUGGAGCGACGAUUUCAGCUCCGCCAACGAAUUCGGCGCCAAGCGAGAGUUACGGAAAGACCCGUCCGCGUUCAACGACAAAUGGACCCAAUCCCAAACGCAAUGGCUUAAGAACGCCUACAAAACGUUAAAACCGUCCGGUCGAAUGCUCGUCAUGAUUGGCGACGGCGCCAACGUGGACGCUUUAAAAAGCACCGUCGUUUGCGCCGAGCAACUCGGUUUUACGCUUCUCGCCAGUUGUUCGCUCGCUUUGUUACGAACCAUGGAAAGUACCGGAACCGUCUAUAACGGGGCCAGGAAAGAGCACUUGAUUUUGUUCGAGAAGAAGCUUUUAAGUAAAAGUGAAUAG